AUAAAAGCUGGUGUAGCAGAAGACACCAGUUAGACCAGGGUGUAUCAAGUAAGUGGGUCACAUUAGUGUGGGUUGCUUAGUAAGUGUAGUUUGCUAGUACCUAGGCUAGCUUUAGACACUUCCAACAUACCAGUAGCUAUGGCUUUUGGGUUUUGCCUUGGUGUGGCCUUACUCCUGUCUGUGUGGUCAACUGGAAAAUGUGCUGGUAUUCCCAAUGGAGUUCUUCACAUGGAGUGUCAUGAUCGUUACUUCAUGAUAGCUGUUAAUAUCUCCGUUGCUGGGGAGGAUCCUUACUUUGAGGCUGUUGACAAGACCGGUGUGUACCCCAUCACUAAGCAGUAUGCAGCAGAGUGUGGCUACAGUCUCAAUAUUCUCCCUCUACCGGGCCAUGUGGAGCUCAGAGCUUCUUACUUCAGCUGUCAUACAGACAAAAAUGAUGACGUGUUCACAUUCAAUUUCAACUUGAAUGCAACACAUGAAGGAAAGGAGGUCACCUAUGCCUUGAACAAGACGUGUUCUCCCACACUCCCCUGGUCUCCCAGAGAGAUCACCUGUGAGGUCAACUACAUGGAAGUGUCUGUGAGGAACGAAGUCACCUGUCCAUCUGUGAUGAAGAGAGAUGACUGGAAUGCCCUCAAACCUGCACGUAGCUCCACCACUUCAGAUUGGCAGGUGAUGUUUCAGAGAGCGGAUGAGCAGUUGCCGUACAUGAACCUGUCAGAAGCUCGUAAGCAGGGUUAUGUGUUCCAGUUGACAGAUGGAAGGCUUGUAUUUCGUACACCGUAUGGACAACCUGACUCACUCAGCACUGAGGUGAAUGGUGUUCCAGUAGAGGUGAUCCAUGCGACUCUGUUCUCCAGACAAAACUGGGUCGUCGUCAUGGUCGACCUGGUGGCUGCUUGCUCAAUGCAUGAAGGAUCAUAUGAUGACAGCGGCUACAUGGUGUGGGAGGCUCCAGAGGUGCUGUACCCCAGUCUUGACAGCACAAAGAUCAAUAUUGGACUAAAUGGUGAACUUAUGGAGCAGCCAGUUGCAGAGGAGAGAGGCUAUAUUGUGGAGUUGCACAACUCCACAGUUGAGAUCAGCAUCCCCUAUAAUGCUGAAGGAGGAUACAGGAAGAGCUUUGUGACUGGCGAUCUCUACGAGUUUUAUGUCUUUCAUCUGUACUUGGAACAAAUCCUGCUGGAUGAGGAUCAUGUGGAGACCAGGCUCAGAUUUCACAGGACGCUGGCCACUCCCCUGCUGCCACACCCUAUUUUUACUGCAAACCAAACAGUUCUUGAGGAGCGCAUGUUCACGGUCUACCUCGGAGAUGUCCCUGAAGACAUCUCUUUGAUUGCUGUUAAUUUGAAUGGACAAGAAUUUACAGUGCCAUCUACAAAUGUAAGCAGCCACACAAUCACAGAAGUUGUUCAUCCCAACAACACUCAUGGCUACACUCUGAAGGUGCCUUUUGGUGACCCAGUUGUCAUACAGCAGUUCUUUAAAGAAGAUGCAGUUCUUCAGUAUAGUUUGGACAUCAACUACACACUGACAGUUCUGCCUGAAAAUGAGCCUUUUUACCACCUGGCAUCUAUUGCUGCAUUGUUUACAGAUGUCUCUCCUCCAGCCUUUGAGGCUAUCUGUUCCGAGUCUGGGAUCAGCUUCAAACUGGACCACCGGCCUUUUGACUACCUGUGGGAGAUCCGCAUCGGCUCAGACCUGCUGACAUCAGAGCUGGCAGCCCAGCGCGGUUACAUCAUGAGCAAUGACAGCCAGAGUUUGCUGCUCAACGUGCCGCUCUUUACUCAUGGCUACGAGUACAAGAACUUUACUUUGAAGGGCUUCUUUGGCACGUUUGAGAUCCUUGUGCAGGAUCAUGAAACAGAGGUCCAGAGUUCAACUGUCAAGACUUGUCCGUUCUCUACUACUGAACUCAUUGUGUGUUCGACUGAUGGGAGGAUGACUGUGGUGGCUGAUUUGUCUCUGGCCGUCCCAAGUGGAGGAGUUCCUGCUCAAACCAACCUUUUAGACGAAUACUGUGGACCCCAAGAGGCAGAUGACACCAGGGCGCUCUUCUCUCUUCCGCUUAACAGCUGUGGAUCCAUAGUAAAGCUUGGCAAGGAGUAUGUGACCUAUGAAAAUGAGAUUUUCUACAGCAAGGAGUCAGUCAACAUGACUGAUGCUACUGAGAGGGUGACCAUGCAGUGCACGUAUCCUCUGGCUGCCCUCAAGCGCCUCUUCUCAAUGUAUAGGUUUGAGUCUGACACAGUUGGCGUCGGCAGGAUCAUCCACACUACGCAGCCCAGAGCAGGUCUGCAGAGUACCACAAUCAAGCCCACUACUGCACUUAAAACCACACCUGCUACCAAAAGACUAUCGAGACUACCUGUCUCAUUCCUGCCGGCCAUCCAGCCGCCUGCUCGCUACAUCAGAGUUUCUAGAUUUCAUAAUCUGAUCAGUGGAAUGAUCAAAAGAGCAGAAGAAUUCUCACAAGUUGAAUUUGAUGCUUCCCAAAUCUGAAGGCAGAUUUAUUUAUUUUUUAAACAGAAUUUAAUAAAGGCUAUUUCUUAAAA